AUGGAUUUCACCUUUCACAAAAGGAUCCGGCAUUUCAUCGCCAGCGCACCAGGCACGUUUGUGGGUGUGGUUGACGUAGAGGACCCAUUUUUCAUCUCCAGUGACAAUGGUGUCCAGCCAGUCGAAUCUGCGGUUUCUGGAAGGCAGCUGAGUGCAGAUGUCCAGGCGUCUUUGGCGGUUGCCGUCGCUCUAUGCAUGUGGGAGCCAUUGACCGAGUUUUUUUCACCAUUCCGAGAGAUCACAGUCCAUUGCUCACGGUGGACAGUGAACAGCCAAGACUGGCAGCAAAUUACCGCACACCUUCAUAUGGAUGCUGCUCCGCCAGAUUCUUCAUAUGGACACCCCAUAGGAAGAACUCCGGAAAUUAGAUGA